CGGGCGUGGCCUGAGCGUGGAGAUUUCGCGCGUGCGCUGGUCUCGCUCCGUGCGGCUGCAGCUGGGAGACUACUGGAGUAUGUCGGCCCCGUUUGAGGAGCGCAGUGGGGUGGUUCCGUGCGGGACGCCGUGGGGCCAGUGGUACCAGACCUUGGAGGAGGUGUUCAUUGAAGUUCAGGUGCCGCCUGGCACUCGCGCCCAGGAUAUCCAGUGCGGCCUGCAGAGCCGGCAUGUGGCCCUGGCCGUGGGUGGCCGCGAGAUCCUCAAGGGCAAGCUCUUUGAUUCUACAAUAGCUGAUGAGGGAACAUGGACUUUGGAGGACAGAAAAAUGGUCCGUAUUGUUCUUACAAAGACAAAGAGAGAUGCAGCAAAUUGUUGGACUUCUCUUCUAGAAUCUGAAUAUGCAGCUGAUCCUUGGGUGCAAGACCAAAUGCAGAGAAAACUUACAUUAGAGAGAUUCCAGAAAGAAAAUCCUGGUUUUGACUUCAGUGGAGCAGAAAUCUCAGGAAACUACACUAAAGGUGGACCAGACUUCUCAAAUCUUGAGAAAUAACUACUACUUUUUUUUUUUUGCUACAUUCUGUGGAUCCCAGCAGAUGUUGCCAACUUAAAGGAACAGAUUAUGUGGUGGAAGGAAAAUGUGGAUACCUGCAGUUAACAAAUUGCAAAAUAUAUUUAACUGUGGUUCUAAAAAUUGCAUUCAAAUAUCAUUUACAUAGGAAACAUCUUAUAUACUGUGGAAACUAUUCUACUGAUAUAGAGUAACUUUUUUUUGGACUUGUUUUUUUGCUCAGCAUGAAGUUUUAUAUGCUGCAUUUUACUAAUUUCAGAUUUAACCUGUAUUUUUAAUACAAAAAACAUUAGGGUAUAGAUCAUGUGACAUGACCGGUGCCUUCAGGGACAAUUAAAUUUUUCUUUCAAUAAGUGUAAUGCAGGAAUAAUGUUCAAUAAACUUUUCUAAAUAGGAA